UGUGCGCACGCGUCGAUUUUUAAAACAAAAAGCCAAGAACUUAUUUGAAGGACGGUUUUUGUGUGUGGUUUACGUGCUGUGUAUGAUAAAUGUAAUGUGAUUGUGUAUGCGAUUGACAUAGAACCAAGAUGAAGUUGAAAAAUCCUCUGUCCUUACCAAACUUAGCCGAGCUAAGAUGGUUGUUGACUUCGUGCAGCAUCAGUGAGAUGAAUCAAGGCGGGCUGAAACACGCCGCCACCGAGUCGCGGCUCGACAACAAACGAGAGCGACGACGUGGUGCGUCCGGACGCGCGGCGGCGCUGCGGCGCGCGCCGUCCGACUCGGACUGUUCUGGUGAAACCGCCUCACUGUCCGCCGACAGCGGCGAUCGAGCUGUCCGGCCGGUGCCGCCGCCCACCAGGAUCACCAAAUCGCGCAGCCGUCGCCGUGGCAGCGAAUGGGAGGUGCUUGAGGGCUUAAAAGACGGCCAGCGCUUCGAGAAACGGCCGGACGUCUUCAACGGGUACCUGCAUAAGAAGCGCAAAUGGCCGCUCAAGGGAUGGCACAAGCGUUUCUUCGUAGUAGACGGCGGUAUACUAGUAUACGCGCGGUCGCCAACAGAUGUCGCACGCGGCCGCCUGCACGGUUCCGUAGAUGUGGGUCUCUCAGUCAUUUCGGCCAAGGCGCGGCGCCGGCGCAUCGAUAUAGACGCCGACGAGUUUAUAUACCACCUGCGUGCGAAGACGCAGGACGUCUUCCGGACUUGGUUAAGCGUGCUAAAGGUCUACAUUCGUCUGUCGCAAAUGAUGUGGCGCCGGCGCAUCGAUAUAGACGCGGACGAGUUCAUAUACUACCUGCGAGCGAAGACGCAGGACGUCUUCCGAACUUGGCUCAGCGUGCUGAAGGCGCACAGUCCACAUUCCUUUGACACAAUGGGCGUGGCCCGAGGCCGCCUGCACGGUUCCGUAGAUGUGGGUCUCUCAGUCAUUUCGGCGAAAGCGCGGCGCCGGCGCAUCGAUAUCGAUGCCGACGAAUUCAUAUACCACCUGCGAGCGAAGACGCAGGACGUCUUCCGGACUUGGUUGAGCGUGUUGAAAGCACACAGAGAACGGCGCCGGCGCAUCGAUAUAGACGCGGACGAGUUUGUAUACCACCUGCAUGCGAAGACGCAGGACGUCUUCCGGACUUGGCUCAAUUCCUCUGUCGCAAAGGCGCGGUGCCGGCGCAUCGAUAUAGACGCGGACGAGUUCAUAUACCACCUGCGUGCGAAGACGCAGGACGUCUUCCGGACUUGGCUGAGCGUGCUGAAGGCGCACAGACUGUACCGCCAGCAUCUGCUAACGUUUGGUGCGCGGGAGUCGGUGCCAAAGAUCCACGCGCCUUUAGAGGACCUACCUCCCACAGAGACCUCCUCCCGGCUGGUUAGCCCCACCUCGCCGCCCCUUCGGGGGCCCCAAGCUGGCUUCGUGUCUGGCACCCCUGGCGGACGGCUGGCUAGCUGGAUCAUAGAAUCGGGCGGCCCCCUCGAGAACGCGUCCCGAGAGCUGGGUCAAGCUCAGCUGUCCGUGCAGCAGCUGCAGCGGCUGCUGGAAGCGCUGGAGUUGCAGCAGCAGGUCCACCAUGACACUGAUGUAUCGCUGGAGGGCGCCUCACCAAACGUCAAGAAAGACCGCCGCAAGUUCGGCCUCCGCAAGAAGAAGUCCAACAGCAAGUGUGCGUCCGUCGAACUCGCCCCGCCACAUAUAGACCCGUCCAGCUCGCAUAUGGCCCUCUCAGCUCUAACGGCCCCGCCUUCCCCCGGGGGCGGAGCGUCGUCCGUGCCCAACUCGGCCGCCUCGCUGCCGAUCGCAUUUCUUUCAACAUUUCUGGCCUCUACUUUAGUUCCAUGUGCAGCAGCGAGACCUCAGUCUCUCCCAGGGGCGGAGGCCUUAGGGACCGGCGGGGGUGCGGGUGGUCCAGCCUCGAUCACCAGUCUGACCCCCGAUCAUCAGCUAAGGGAAGACUUUACGGUGUUGGCCAAAGAUCUGGUGGCAAGCUUGAAGGGGAUUGUGUCCACUCUGGUAAGGUCUACAUAUAUUUAUAAAACGGAACUGCACAAUAUUGGAGGCCUUAGGGACCGACCGGCGGGGGGCCCGGCCUCGAUCACCAGUCUGUCCCCCGAUCAUCAGCUGAGGGAAGACUUUACUGUGUUGGCCAAAGAUCUGGUGGCUAGUUUGAAGGGGAUUGUGUCUACUUUGGUGUGCGAGCGAGGCAGACUGCGUGCGGCCAUGGACGCGGCUGAAACGACCGCAGCGCCGCCAGGGGCGGUGGUGGCAGCUCUCAGAACUAACCUGACCUCGGCGCUGCAGCAGAACUCGGAGCUGCGGUCCCGACUGUCGCGCAUACACGACGCGUCGGAUAUCGCUGAAAUAUCGUCCAUGGGCAACAACUCCGAGCCGGUGAACAGACAGUUCCAGCAGUCGCUAAGCUACAGCUCCUCGUGUGUCUCCGCUUCCGAGUUCUUUGAUGCUGAGGAGCACGACGAGGACCUGAAGCCUACGGAAAUACUUGCUGCUGAUGAGGCCGGCGUGAUCGAGCUCGAUGGAGAUUCGUCAUCAGAGGCCGGCUCGCUCAGCAGCGAAGAAGGAUCGGCCAGCUCCGACAACUCAGACGGUGCGAUGCUGUCAGCAGAACAAGUGACCCUCCGCCUGAACCAGAACGGCAUCGAGCCGCGGGCCCCUUGCUGGGCGCGCCGCACCUGCCUGCCCUGCCCGCGCCCCACGCCCGGGGGCCCCUCGCUAUGGAACCUGCUGUACAAGAAUAUUGGCAAAGACCUCAGUCAGAUCUCCAUGCCGGUGACCAUCAACGAGCCCCUGAAUAUGCUGCAGGGCUCCUCGCUAUGGAACCUGCUGUACAAGAAUAUUGGCAAGGAUCUGAGCCAAAUCUCCAUGCCGGUGACCAUCAACGAGCCUUUGAAUAUGCUACAGGUAAGUGAUGGCAGUGGGGCCCCGGGGCCCCGCCCCACCCCCGGGGGCCCCUCGCUAUGGAACCUGCUGUACAAGAACAUUGGCAAGGAUCUGAGUCAGAUCUCCAUGCCGGUGACCAUCAACGAGCCACUGAAUAUGCUGCAGGAUCUGAGUCAGAUCUCCAUGCCGGUGACCAUCAACGAGCCACUUAAUAUGCUGCAGGUAAGUGAUGGCAGUGGGGCCCCCUGCCCGCGCCCCACGCCCGGGGGCCCCUCGCUGUGGAACCUGCUGUACAAGAACAUUGGGAAAGAUCUCAGCCAAAUUUCCAUGCCGGUGCAUCAACGAGACCCUGAAUAUGCUACAGUGAUGGUAGUGGGGCCCCGGGGCCCCUGCCCGCGCCCCACGCCCGGGGGCCCCUCGCUAUGGAACCUGCUGUACAAGAACAUUGGGAAGGAUCUGAGUCAGAUCUCCAUGCCGGUGACUAUCAACGAGCCACUUAAUAUGCUCCAGGUAAGCAACAUGUUACAAAUAAGUGACGUCACUGGGGCCCCGGGGCCCCGCCCCACGCCCGGGAGCCCCUCGCUAUGGAACCUGCUGUACAAGAAUAUUGGGAAGGACCUUAGUCAAAUCUCCAUGCCGGUCACUAUCAACGAGCCCCUUAAUAUGCUGCAGGUAAGGAAUAUGCUACAGAGACAGAGGUAUGUGACGUCACUGGAGCCGCGGGCCCAGUGCUGGGCGCGCCGCACCUGCCUGCCCUGCCCGCGCCCCACGCCUGGGGGCCCCUCGCUGUGGAACCUGCUGUACAAGAACAUUGGGAAGGAUCUGAGUCAGAUCUCCAUGCCGGUGACGAUCAACGAGCCACUUAAUAUGCUACAGCGACUGUGCGAAGAACUAGAAUACUCUGAACUGCUGGACGCAGCAGCAGAAUGCAAGAACGCAGUGGAACGCAUAGCACUCAUCGCAGCGUUCGCUGUGAGCGCGUACGCGUCGUCCGCCCACCGCGCCGCCAGCAAGCCUUUCAACCCGCUGCUGGCGGAGACUUACGAGUGCGUGAGGGACGACAAGGGCUUCCGGUUCAUUGCUGAGCAGGUGUCCCACCACCCGCCGAUAUCGGCCUGCCACGCCGAGUCUCCCCGGUGGUGUUUCUGGCAGGAAGCGCGGAUCAAGACCAAGUUCUGGGGCAAGUCCAUGGAGUUCCAGCCUACUGGCCGCGUGCACGUGCGUCUGAUCACUACUGGCGACCACUACAGCUGGAAUAAGGUCACGACGUGCGUGCACAAUCUGUUCGGAGGCCAGCGCUGGGUGGACCAGUACGGAGACAUGCAUAUAACCUGCCACGGCACGGACAUCUCGUGUAAACUCAACUUUAUCAAGGCUAGUUCCUGGUCCAGCACCAGACACGAGGUCCGCGGUUGCGUGACUGGCAAUGGCACCCGGCUUCGCUUGCAAGGGAGGUGGUCAGAAGCCCUAUACGCCGGUGAACCACCGGCAGCCCGGUGUCUUUGGAGGCCUGGCGCGAUGCCGCCGGAACACGAGCUGUACUACGGGUUCACGCGGUUCGCGAUGGAGCUCAACGAAAUGGAGCCUGGUAUGCGGCAGUUGCUUCCCCACACUGACACCCGGCUCAGGCCAGACCAGCGAGCGUUGGAAGAAGGCGACGUAGACGCGGCGGAACAAUACAAGCACUCGCUAGAACAGAGUCAGCGCGAACGACGCCGCGGCGUGCCCGAGCACACGCCCGCUUGGUUCCGUAAACGCGUGGAGAAUGGCGAGGAGACGUGGGUGUUUACUGGUGAAUACUGGAAGGCGCGCGAGGCGGGCUUCGCCGACGACGCCGCGCCGAGGAUAUGGUGACUGUAUCUUGCCAUACACCGAAUCCCGCAGUGCGAAGUGCUCUGCUAGUGGUUGUGUACGAAUCGCUUCCCGCUUACAUUAGAGCUUUACACGAUUAUAGCCUUUAUUGUCAAUAAUCUUUAUAUUAGGACGUAAAAAACGCGUUGGCCGAACCGCCCCCUAACGGCUGAAAAUUCCUUGAAAUAAAAAAUCC